AUGCCUAAAGUUGAGGAAUACCAGCUACACCCCUGGGGCUGGGAGAAUGACCCCGAAGAGGAGCGAUUCAAACUCUCCACCCUCGACUACCUGUCGGCGAUGACCUACAACAACUAUGCCCUCUUUUUCAAGCUAGACGACGAAGAGAAGAGCAAAGUUGCGGAAGUGCUCAAGGAAGGCCUAGAGCGAACUCUCAGCCAGACCAAGAACCUCGUCGGCACCAUCGAGAAGGACGAGGACGGCUAUCACUCCAUCGUUAAGAAGAAGGACAGCACUGUGAAGUUUGUUGUUCAGCAUCUUGACUCUCCAGAAGACAAAUUCCCGUCUUUUGAGGAAAUCGAGAAGGCGCACUUCAUCACAACCACACUCGGCGACAUCAAGGUCUUGAGUAACCUUCCCAUGACAUAUGGCGAAAAGCCAGAGGCACACCCGAACGCCCACCCCGUCGUCGCCUCAUACAAGGCCAACUUCAUCCCCGGCGGUCUGAUCUUCAACAUGCACUCCCACCACUACAGCAACGAUGUCGUCGGCUGGGGUUCUUUCACCAAGCAACUGGCCGAUAACUGCUAUGCCAUCAUUAACAAGACGGAAUUCCCCUCUUUCGACCCCAAGUGCCUGGACCGUAGCCGCUUCACCGCGCCUCCGAUCCCCAAGGAGUCCCGGGUAAACGCGCCUCCCCAGGCAGACCGUCACCCGCAACACAAGCUUUCGCAGUCCGUCAUCUUUCAUCUGCCCAAGAGCAAGGCAGCCGAGUUGAAGAAGGCCGCCACGCCCGACGACGGCUCCUGGAUUUCCACAUACGACGCCGUCUCCGCCAUCAUGUGGCGCGUCUUCUCCCAGAUCCGCGAGCCCGUCUACAAGCCGGACCCGGCUUCCACGCCAAUCUGGGCGGAAGGCGUCAAUCUGACCAAGCGGCUGACAGACCCUAAAAUGCCCGCUCGCAUGCAAGGCAACCUCUUCUUCGCCACCAUGUCCGCCCUGUCGACUGUGCCGCAGCUGACGACGGCCGAGAUCGUUUCCGAGGCGCCCUUGUCCAAGUUGGCGAGCUACACGCGCCAAAUGACCAACGGCGUCACCAGCGAGAUGCUGGCUGGCGCGCUCCAGAUGCUCGCACCGAUCGACAACAAGCACGACCUGUCCGUCCGCGUCAACUCCUUCCCGCCGAUGACGAUGGUCAUCACCGACUGGCGCGACGCCGACGUGUGCACGGCUGACUUUGGUUUUGCCAAGCCCACUGCCUUCCGACACCUGUUCGACACGGUUUCCGAGGGCCUCGUCAUCGUGUACCCGCCGCACAAGGGACAGGCUGGCGACGACGAGGGAAUCGAGUUGCAGAUUGCGUUUGAGAAGGAGCUCGUGCCGCAGUUGGUUGACCAUCCUGAAUGGAAGAAGUACUUUGAGUUCAGGGGUGUUGAUGCGGAGGAGGCCAACCCUGGGAGUGAGACUGUACAAAUGGCUUGA